AAAAUACACAGCUUAGCCGAUGUGCUAGCCACCGGGAGACCGGGGCGCCUCGGGUCCAAGGCCCGCUAAGAUUCCCUUCCCGCUGUUUCUUCGGAGUUUGAACGAGCGCUUGAUAGCUGCGGUUGGAAAAACAGAGACCACCAGCAUCUCCGUCUGACCGGAGGCUUUCAGAGUCCGGGAGCGAGCGAGUCCGCGUCCAGCAGACCUGCAGCAGACGGCUCUCUGAUAGCGAGGAGGUUCUGUCCGGCCUGCAGACUCCAGCAUGGACCAGGAGACGCAGACGCAGACGCCUCCUCCACGACUUCAGAGGGAGAACGUCGGCGUUUUCCAGGAGGAGGAGGAGGAACUUUCCCUGAAGCAGGAACCGGAAACUCCGGAGGAAAGCGAGCCGAGUGAAGCCGAAGAAAGCAGCGAUGAGGGUUCUGAGCGGCAGGGGAGCAGCCAGAACCGGCUGUGGGUCCAGAGAGGAGGCCGUUCAGGCCUGCAGUGGAGCCACGCCCACGAGGAGACGCUCGACAGCGACCAGCAGCUCAGUUCUGAGGAGGAGCCAGAUCUGGUGGUGAUCAAGGAGGAAGAGGACGAUUUCUUCGUGGAUCAGGCGGAGGAGCAGGUCCGACUGAAGCAGGAAUUUGGGACUUUUACGGUGACCCGACCCAAUGAGGAGAACGACCACAGCGGCCCAGAACCGAGUCGUGCUCGGCUCCUUUUCGGCUCCUCCUCUUUGGCCGAGAGGAAGGGCGAAGGAGGACGCAAAGACUCUGUUCCAAACAGGGUCACCGUGGGAGACCCGUCACGUAAACAAAACUCACAAACAGGUAAACAGGUAAACAAAGCCCCCGGCAGCUCUGCUGGACCCGCCCCCACCACCCAGAGCUUCAAACACUACGACGCCUGUGGGAAGUCGUUUUUAUGCGACAAGUGCGGAAAAGGCUUCAGGCAGCAGGGCCAUCUGAAUUCCCACAUCCGGAUCCACACAGGUGAGAAGCCUUACCUGUGUAAGACCUGCGGGAAGAGCUUCUCGCAGUCCUCCGUGUUCAGGAACCACAUCAUGAUCCACACGGGCGAGAAGCCCUUUUCCUGCAAGAUCUGCGGGAAGCUGCUGCGCUACAGCAGCAGCCUGACGGGCCACAUGAAGAUCCACACGGGCGAGAAGCCCUACGUCUGCAAGGUGUGCGGCAAACGCUUCUGCCACAGCAGCGGCCUGGUGUCCCACACCCGCAGCCACACCGGCGAGAAGUCCUACUCCUGCCAGGUCUGCGGCAAAUGCUUCAGCCACAACAGCACGCUGCUGCGGCACACGCGGACGCACACGGGCGAGAGGCCCUUCCCCUGCCAGACCUGCGGCAAGCGCUUCAACAACAACAGCCACCUGACCAUCCACAUGCGGACGCACACCGGCGAGAAGCUCUUCUCCUGCGACGCCUGCGGGAAGAGCUUCAGCCACGGCAGCACGCUGCAGCGCCACGCCCGCAUGCACACCGGGGAGAUGCCGUCUUCCUGCAAGGUCUGCGGGAAGCUGUUCCGCUACAGCAGCAGCUUGGCCAGACACAUGAAGAUCCACGCCGGCGACAAGCCGUAGCUCCGCGGCGUCUGUGGGGCUACAGGUUCUUGCUGGUGUGCGUCCUCACGUGCAGGGAACGCCGGGGUUGUCCCACGGCCGGCGUUCGCCGGCCGUGGGACAACCCCGGCGUUCCCUGCACACCAGCGAGAACCUGUUUGCCUGUGACGCCAAGCGUUUCAGCGGCGACUCGCCAGGCAAGGAGAAAACAUGACAUCUUAACUUCACAAAAUCUAUUAACAAUAGGAGAAAGUGAUGUGGCAGAACCAGAACCAGGAUCUGGUCUUAAUCUGGAUUAACAGGAAAUCCUCAUAAGGGCGACGCUUCGCCGCAGCCUCACAGAUCUCUGUUUUCGGAUGUGUUUGUGCUGUUUUUACGCUCUGGGACUGUUUUUCCUCUGUACUUCAUGGAUGCUCCGGGGUUUCUCCUUCCUGCUCUCCCAUCUUUACGGUUAUCAGCAAAGGUAGCAGAGAUUUGGGAUUAUCAAGGUGGAGCAGUUUUGGUGGAAGGCCAAUGUGGAGAGAGUUGCAGGAUCUUCUUCAGGAUCCAUAACUGCUGCCAAAACGACAAACAUUUCCUUCUUCUUCUUCCCAUCGAUGAUCCGUUGUUUUGCCGUUUGUCCUCUCUGGUUCCGUUAGACGUUUUUCUCUCCGCCGUCGCCUUUUGCUUCCUCGUUCCGGAUCUCAGGACGUCGUCCUUUGGGACAGCUGGACUUGGAGCUUCUUCAUGUCUGACUGAACUGAUCUGAAGAAGGAACGAUAAAGAUCCGCCUCCAACCUCAAGAAUGGAGUCCUGUGAAAACCGACCACGAAUCUCCACAGAUUAAGAUCAUCUGGAUGGAAUUAAACUGUAAACCGGUCUAAGAAGGUGUUAUUUCCUUCAGAUGUAGCUGCAUUAAACAUGCUAACAACAUGAUUGUGACAAACGCUUUGAAAAUGCAAUUCAACCUCUUGAAUUAUGAAGGAUCCUAACAUUUAAUGGUUGCAGAAAGUUUUUUCUUUUUUAAGUGAGAUGUUCAGACUCUAGUGUCUAAAUGAAAACACUACUAGAAGAAAGUUUAACUUUGAAAAGCUCUCAUUAUCUGUUACUAUAGUUUAGCUUUUUAUCCUUUAGGUUUAGUAAACAGUUAUUUUGUGACUGAGAACCAGAACAUUAAAGCUAAAAUGAAUCUGUUGGA